AUGUCCGACAUUGCGAAGAAGACGCUCCCCUCCCGCAAGGGAAAGAAGCAGCAGCAACAGCAGGAGGUCUCCACCCCCCAAGAGGAAAACGUCCCUCGCUCUGCCCCCUCCCCUCCGGCUAUUGAUAUCCAGAAGGAGCAGAACAAGAACCGGGAGGAGGAGGAGGAGAACGACGAGGUUGUGACCACGUCGGGGGAUUUCGAGGGGAAUGAUGGCAGUGAGGUGGAGAGGGAGAGUGGGGGGUAUACUCAUCUGGAGAAGCCCAAGGAAACAGAGGAGGGGAUUCAGAUGGAGGAUAAGGAGGAGGAGAAGCUGGAGAAGGUUGAGCCCGAGGCUAUGAGUGACAAGACGGAGACUGAGGCUGGGGAGGAUACUAAGACUACCACGGAGGAGAAGGUCGAGUCGUCUGAGAAGCCAGAGUCGGACAAGGCUGAGGAAGAGACCCAGACCCCCGCCGCGGAUAAGAUCUCCGAGGCGCCGUCGGGGUUGACGGAGCAGGCUAAGAAAGCCUUUGACCAGGCGAGCGAGAACCAGCCUACUGAUGAGGCGAGGGAGGAGUUCCUCAAGAGUGCAAAGGAGGAUGCUACCACCACAUCGGAGAAGCCUCCUGCCUCAGAGAAGCCAGACGUUGAGGCUGCGGAUAACAACAUCGACGAGCCUGAGCCUGCUGCUUCUGAGAAGUCAGGAAUUGACACCAAGACCGUCAGUGACAAGGCCGAGUCUGUCACCAAGUCAGGGUCCGAGAAACCCGAUGUUGAGCAGCAAACAGAGAAAGCCCCCUCCACCACCGGCACGGAGCAGCAGCAACCCCAAACUGAAGCUGGUGAGCAAGCACAAGAGCAAUUCGACCCCCACCAAAUCCAAGACGGCCAGUCACAGGUCCAGGACUUCUCCCCAUCUCAAGCCGAAGGUCAGCCCGAAGGUACAAUCCAAGAGGACCAACCCCAAGGCGUCGAAGCAGGCGAGGGCUCCACCGUAGCCGAACAAAUGGACUUUUCCAUUCUCAAGAACGGCACCGUCAACAAAGGCGGCAACGUCGUUUCCGACGGCAAGGUUGUCGGUCGUGUCGUGAGCGGCAUCCUGCAGUACCUCAUCGGCAAGAAGGUCGACGAAAACGGGGAUAUCUGGUCCGACAACGGCAAGAUCAUCGGCAAGGCUGAGCCCAUCUCUGACUCGGAACGUGAUGAAAUGCUCAAGGAGUCUGCGCCGUUCGAGUCCUUCCCUGACGCUGUUGUUGACGGGAAUGGGAUGGUUGUCAGCAAUGGGGAAUGGGUGGGCAAGAUUAUCGAAGGGGAUGUCAAGCAGUUGAGGGGGAAGUCUGUUGAUGCUGAUGGGGACGUGCUUGAUAAGGCGGGGAAUGUGAUUGGGAAGGCGGAACGUUGGGAGCCGGAGGAGGAGGUGGAGGAGGAGGUGAAGGAGGUGGAUAAUAGCUUGUUGGCUGGGAAGAGGGUCAACAAGGCGGGGUAUGUGGUUGAUGGGAACGGGGUUAUUUACGGGAGGGUGGUGGAGGGGGAUCCGAAGAGGAUGGUGGGGAGGAUGUGUGAUAAGAAGGGGAAUAUUCUGAGUGAGAGUGGUGAUGUUUUGGGGAAGGCGGAGUUGGUUAGUGAGGGGGAGAGGGAGGGAUCCAAGGAGGGGCCGUUUGCCGAGUUGGAGGGGUGCACGGUUGCUAAGGAUGGGACUGUUGUUACGCCUUCAGGGGAUAUCGUGGGGAGAUUGGUGAAGGGAGAGGGCAAGGUCUUGUUUGGCAGGGCGGUUGAUGAGGAUGGUGAUGUGUUGGAUAAGAAUGGCAAUGUCAUUGGCAAGGCUGAGCGUUGGGAGCCCGAGGAGGUUCAGAAGUCCAAGAACCCCAUGUCGGGCCGCAAGGUCAACAAGGAGGGCAAUGUUGUUGAUGGUGAUGGUAACCUCAUUGGCAAGUUGACUUCUGGCGAUCCUCAGGUUUGCUCGGGCAAGGAGAUUGACGACGACGGUGAUGUUGUCGACCAGAAGGGCACUGUCAUUGGACACUGCUCGCUUCUUGAGGACAUUCCUGAGGUCAAGGACGAGGAGACACCUGAACAGAAGGAGAAGCGCGAGCAAGCCGAGAAUGAUAAGAAGAUGGCCAUCCAGAUGUCUGUCUGCAUUGCCCAGUGCCUUGACAAGAUUCGACCUAUCUGCAAGAUGAUCACCGAGAAAAUCGACAAGGCAGAGCGCACUCCGGAAGACGAGCGCGACGAAGAGCAGCUUGUCAAGGAGGUCCGCCCUCUAAUCGAAGAGGGUGGCCGCAUCUUGACCGAGGCUCAAGGCAUCAUCAAGGGCCUCGACCCUGAUGGCCGCAUCUCGGCCAACGCCAAGCACAAGACUGCUGCUCGCGAGGCCACUCCGGAGGAGUACCGUCUUGCUGAUCUCCUCAAGGAUCUCACUGGCGAUGUCACUCAGUGCAUCGACAAUGCCAAGCGCAAGCUUGAGGAUAUGCCCCACGCAAAGAAGGAGCUCAACCCUCUGUGGGGUCUGCUCAACGAGCCUCUGUUCCAGAUCCUUGCCGCCGUUGGGUUGUUGUUGAGUGGUGUGCUCAACCUCGUUGGCAGAUUGCUGAGCGGCCUUGGAUUGGGAGGACUGGUUGACGGGUUGCUAGGUACACUCGGCUUGAACCGCGUGCUUGCCGGAUUGGGUCUUGGAUCCUUCAGUGACAGUCUCAAGUCGGGUAAGAAGAAGAAGGGUGGUCUUUUGGGCGGAGUCUUGGGUGGCUAAAGCCACGUAGUAUGAGUGAUGAUUAAUGACUUGUAAUUUUCUCUUGUUUAUCUCCUUGUACGUUGGCUCAAGUUUUGGUUUGUUUGUUGUAAUGUGUAAAAUAUCGGCAGGCGGGAAUAACUGAGAGCCUGAGAGCGAAAUAGGAAAUGUGACUUACACAGCGAGAAGAUCGUGUCUGGGAACUGUUAGCAGACUGGAGGUUAGCGUGAUUUCUUGCCAAGAUGAUCCACUCAGCG